AGGGAGCCAGGGCUAUUCCGAGAUCUCCCCUCCAAAAUUGUUCCAGACGCCGGCAGCGUAACCCGCAGAACACCUUGACACCGCCAGCAACGCCGCAUUAACAGACAAGAUGGAAGUGUCGAUCUCAGGCGCCGGGGGCAACAUCGUCUCCAGAGAGCAGACCUCCAGCUCCGAGUCCUCAUCGUCCGUGAUGGAGAAGGACAUAGGCAACAAACACGUGCUGUCCAAGGAGAGCUCCUUUUCGGCCGAACAGUCCUCCAAGAUGGUCUCAGAGAGCGUCCUCAGCUCCUCCUCCACCGUUGUGUCCAAGAAGGUGUCCUCCACCUCCAUCGUCAGCAGCUCUGUGUCCAGCAGCUCGGAGAGCAGCGUGUCCCAGGAGGAAGUCCCCAAUAUUGCAGACCACCCCGUGGUGAGCAUGGAACCGGACUUGCCUCCAGUAGCGGAAGAACCACCGGGCGAGCAGGAGAGUCCCAGGGAAGCAGAGGUGCAGGAGAGUCGCCAGGUCACGGGAACUGGCCAGGAGAUACAGCAAGAAAGUAUCAAAGAGGCACUGAAAGAAAUAAUCACGGAGAUAGAGGAGGCAGUAAUCCAAGAAGCACCAGAGAUAGAUCAGCCUGUAAUGACCUCUAUGCCGGUUACUGUCAACGGGUUCUCGACAGAGAGUCAGGUGAUGGAGGUAUCAUCUCUGCAGGAAGGUCAAGGAGAGGUCGAGGUGAUGGACACACAGAUAGUUACCAAGCUAGACCGUCAGACGUCCACCACCUCUCUUGCAGAAUUCGCAGGAACUCAGAGGGAGGAGACUCCAGACGUCUCGCCCCUCAGGAAGCUCUUCCCAUCCCUGUUCAAGGACUCGGCCCCCGACCGCCCCGUGUCUCUCCCCUCCGCUACUGAGCUGGUUCACCUGUGGCAAAGCCUCCAGAUUGCCCAAGAACUCAACACUAUGCUGAAGGAUGCGCCAAAGGAAUCUGCUGAAGACGAUGAAAUUCAAGACGACGCGAGUGGGGUGAGGGUGAACGAGCACGAUGGCCUCGCACAAAACAAACCCAUUGAUCUCGAGAAGCUUUUCACCCCCGCCACGGACUCGGGGGAGGUCACCCCCUCCAGGAACAGGAAGAUGUACGCCUCCUCCAGUUUCUACGGGCCGCACCACCCUACCAUGGAGGAGCAGGUGGAUCUGGCACGCCGCAUCUCACACUCCCUGAGCGAUAUCAGUAACCGCCAGAGCAAGGGCCAGUCCAUGUACGUCAACCGCAAGAAACGAUCUGUCAAGUGGGUACAUGAAGGUGAAGGGAAAGGGCAGUUUCCUCCGAUACCAUUUGGAGAUGACCAACACCACCCUCCUUCUUUCUCAACUCAGUCUUCAACCCAUACUGAGGAAACAUCCACCAAAAAGAUUCUUAAACUGGUGAUGGAUCCCAGAGGCCAAGUGCAAGACUUGACGAGUCUCCAGAAGCAAGGGUACAACAUUGAGCCUUGCCUUAGCCCCGAGGUCUGUUUUGAUUUGGUUCGAGACCUCAAUGCCCCUAAGGGCAAAGGAGCAGAGCUAUUUGCAAAGCGGCGCAAGAAAUCCGAGAAGUGGGUAGUUGACGAGAAUAACGUAAAGACAACAUCGUACUUUGAGAGCAGUGUAAACUAUUCAGGAACUAAUCAACAAGGCACAAGCUACAAGAGCUACCAACCACCAUCACUGCUGCCGACUACUCCGACCGCUAAGCUACCACCACCGUCUUACCUGAAGAAUGGAACCCAGCGAGUUGAGAAUGUUCAGAAGAUGAAUGAAAUACAGGAGCGGUUCGCACAGCCCAGACUUCGGCUAGUAAAAUCGCCUUGGGAAGCUGCUCUAGAGACAGGAUCAGUAGACGCCGCCUUCCAAGAAGUCGCAUCGCUUCCACGCAACAUGUUCCCGCCAGCAGCGCCUGCACCGGCCCCUGCGGCCUUCGCGCCUCCUCCAGCACCCGUGUUCCAGAGUGUGUCCGGCAAGCCUCUCCCUGCUACUAACGGCGUACUGCCAGAGCCCUCGGGCCUCUACCAGGCCAAGCCUCCCAAGGCGUGGACGGCGCCACAGCAGCAGCUACAACCCUUUAGCACGGUCGACUUGGACAAGCUUUUCGAGGCCAGGCCUAGAACCCCAACCUCUGUGAGUCUCUUGUAUGAGGCGUCCUCUAACACAAUACUCGCUACAGAAACGUCAAACAUCAAACCCAACACCCCAGUCCUGGAGCCUCCUAACCCUCUUCCUGCUGUAGUCACCAAAGUCAUGGACUCCAAACCCAUUAAACCAGUAAUUAAACAAGUCAAUGAGCGUUUGGAAGCCAAAGGUAUAAAACAGACUCCAGUUAGGCGAAAAAUUGAAACAGUUGAGCAAAAACCCCCCCAGGAACGAUCGGUUCCGACACCUGUAGGAUUUUUAGAUAUUAAAGCUAUUUUAGACCCCAACAGACCACUCACACCCUUACCACCGAGUGCUGAUGUCAUGAGAAGAGAAAUGAUUAAUGAGCUGGAGCCGUUUAAUCCGGACCUUCCGAUUCGCGGUUAUGGCACUAUGCUUGUGAAUUCUCCACUGUCAUUUGCAGAGGCUAAGACACCUCCUCCUCCUCCUCCCCCACCCACACCUCCCCCUAGAAUAACAGAAAUGAGUGAUGAAUUGUCACUCAACAUAUUUGAAACACAAAGAGUUGACGUUGGUCCUAAGUCAGGUGUAGUGAAAACGAGGACCGGUGACACCAAAAUAAUGACUUUCGAUACUGAAAAGUUUAUUGCUAAUGAGACACAAGCCAUUGAAGGAUCUUCUGAAAUGGGCGACAUAAAGGUAAGUGUUACUGCAGAAGGCGAUGGUAUUGUAGUAGGUGAUAUUUUAGAGUCAUCUGAAAGUAAAUCAAAUGAAAAAAACAAAAAUGGUUGAAGGUGGAGCACUAAAAACUACUGUAAAAUACACGGUUAAAGAAGGAGAGGAGGUUGAAGUUCAAAUCAAGGCUCAAGAGUACGAGCCAGAUGAGGUAACCAUAGUAGAGGUACCAAGAGCUGAAAAGAAAGAAGAAGUAAAAACAUCAAGCAAGGCAAUUAAGGAAGAUGUUAAA